AUGCUGAAAAACCAUUUUUUCUCACCAUUUUUCAUUCAAUCAUUGAUCGCAUCGAAGCAAAAUCCUAUUCAACAAGAUCUCCCAUCCCAUUCAAGUCCAGAUGAAGACGAAGAGAGCAUUGACGAUCACGACAAUAAACACAAACGUACACGAACGAACUUUACAUCUUCACAAAUUGUCGAACUAGAAAAAGCUUUUCAAAAUGGUCAUUAUCCAGACAUUUACAUGCGCGAGGCAUUAGCGAUUAAAUUAGAUUUAAUUGAAUCUCGUGUGCAAGUCUGGUUUCAAAAUCGACGUGCUAAGUGGAGAAAGAUAGAAAACACGAAGAAAGGUCCCGGUCGUCCGGCACACAACGCUCAUUUACAGACGUGUUCAGGUGAACCCAUCUCUCACGAAGAAAUUGAACGCAAACGUUUGUUAGCCGAAGAACGUAAACGGCAAAAACAAACUAAAAACUGCAAAUCUACGAAUAGCGAUGGCAAUUCAUCGACUUCAUCGUCUAUUUCGCCGAAAUUACCGAACAAAUCGUCGUAUUCAAUCGAACGAAUUCUCUCUCAAUCGCCUGCGAUCACUCGUAAAACUUCCUAG